UUUCCUGCGUCCUGUUUUCUGGUUGCCUUUUUUCCCGGCGAGCGUAGGUAGACUCUCUAUCUUGGCUACGGACUGUUACUACUAACCAGACCCAUCCCCUUCUGUCGUCCGCCGCGUCCAACUUUGUUACCCAUGCCUAGCAUCUUCUCCAGCUUCCAGCACAGGCUGGCGCUCCACUCUCACGCGUUACACAAUCCUCCCCUCAUCCUGCACUCACGGCUACCCCUGUCGUCAACUAACAGCAAAGCCCCAAUACCAUCCCGCCAUGGUGCUCGACCACAACAAGAGCCGUCGACUUCACUUAUCGCCGCACUGGCAGAGAUUAACGCGCGACGGCUACGUUGGGCGAUGCGGCUAAAGGACGUCGAUUGGUAUGAUUGCCGGUCCCCGGCGGCUGGCGACGAGGGAGCGGAGAGCGGAGCUGUUUUGGGGCGGAUAGCGGGGAUGCAGUCGAGGCGGGGGCUGGCUUCGCAACCUGGCGGUGUAGAGACCAUUCCGAAGUCGGGUUUGGGACUUACAACAACAGCAUUGCAAAUCGGCCGGGACGUUUAUUUCGGGAUCGGGCCAGCCAUUCGUGCAAUAGAACGACGCACGCAGGGUCCAUCGCUGUUCCCUGGCCCAGGGUCGGGCACCACCAUUCCGAGCCAGGAAACCUAUGCGACACAAGAGCGGUAUGGGGAGGGGAUCACGGAGGCAUUACGGCGGUGGGCGGACAACUCCCUGUUUGCAGCCAUACAGCCCCUAUUCGGCUCUUCGCACACCAACUCCUCACACAAACACCAUGCAUUACACGCGCACCUCUCCACCAUCGACUCCCUCCUCACGCAACCGCUGCACCUCGCUGCCGCCGCACAUCCAACCCUUUUCGACCCGCCCUCCUUCUCUGGCGAAGAAGACGGCGCCCGACAUUGGCACGGCCUCCUCCCCUCAACCCCCUAUCCGCACAUCCUCGACCUCCACCUCGCAUCCUCGGUUCUCGCCGCCCGCUCACUCCCGAGUUUCCGCCCGCACUUCACGUCCCACCACGCGCCGACAUCCGCGUGGCUCGACCGCGUGCUGGCGUAUGUCGAGCAUCGGGAUGAGGUCGGGGUGGAGAUUUCGACGAAGGAUGUGUGGGAUGUGGUGAAAGUGCCGUAUACAACCGGUGAGGUUGGCGGUGGGGCUGGGAAUGUGAGUGCGGGUGAGAAGAUUGUGGAAGUGGAAUUGGCGACUGGCGAGACGUUCCGCGGCGCCGUGGUGAAUACCACCCCGCAGGACGUGACGCUGAGCUCGCGCGUGAAUGUUGAUGGAGAUGCGGUGGCCGUGUGUUCGGUUACUCUUGCGAGGGAGGAUGUGGUUGUGGUCCGUGGCGCUUCAGACCAGGGUGGCGUGGCCACGGAUGGUGUUGCAGCAGGGAAGGAUGCGAGUGCGACGAAGGGUGGGUUUAGGUACAUAGAUUAGAGGAUGCCUUACUCUUUGUGCGAAUAGCACUGUCGUUGGGGACGGCGUAUGACACUACCCCAUCUUUAACGUUGUGAAUGUAUAGGUUUCUGCAACUUCAUCAUUCUCCCUCCGAAACAUUGAAGGAUAAUUCUCAUGACGGAGCGAGACGGACGGAACAUCACCCCUCAUAUGCCUGACCGCUGAUAAAAUGGCGUAGAUGUUUCCCUCGAAUCGUAGCAGCGAAGCGCCUGAUAGAGUAGGCAAGGAUAGGACAUUCAGCACAUCCAUUCACACACAUUGAGUCGUAGGAAUUUUUUUCUUCAAGAAGGAUUAUUUGGAGGGGAGGGUACAUUUGUGCGUCCUUCGAGCGAGAACCAUUUAUACGUACGGAUAUUCCAACCAGCUCAAUGACACGAG